ACCCACCGUUGCUGCUGCUAUACCACCAUCACCAGUCACCACCACCGGAUAAGGACACGGCAGCACUAGCUCGUAGAGGGUCGGCCAGAGUCAGCAAAACAGAAAAGGGAGAGGGGGGAUGGGGGCCGAUCGCUUCCCGAGCGUGGCGGAGGGCGGCCUCGGCGGCGAGGCGCUCUACUGCGCGGUCAUCCUGUGGCUGUCCGUGACGUCGUGGAUCAUCUUCACCUGGGCCGGCGACGGCGGGGAAGGCGGGAGGAGGCGGCGGGGCGGCGGUCGCAGCCGCGGGAGCCCAGCGUUCGUCGGCGCGUCGGGGCUCUGCGACGGCACCGGGCCCGAAUGCAGCGGCGGCUACGGCAUCUGCGGCACCUGCCUCGACUAGCUAGCCGCGCGCCUGCUCUGCUACUAGUAAGUUUGUGUGAGCGUGAGCGUGUUUCUAGCAUCUACAUGUCGUCGUCGUCGUCGAUCCGUGACCUCGAUCGAACCGGAGCAGCUCCCCUGUGUUAUGAUCCUCUGUAAAUUAAGCUGGAAGCCUGCUAAAAGUAUCAGAUACAUGCCUUCAAAAGUAUAUGAGAUGAGAUUCUUCGUCGGCGAGGUUACUUUAUCCGCUGCGUUUAGCUGCUGUGUAGGAUCUCUCUUUUUAAGGAAUUGAU